UAUAAUUGUAUUUCAAAAGAUUGUUUAAGUGAUACAAAUCACCUCUCUAAUUCACAACAGACAGUGUUUUACGAUGAGUGGCAUGGCCCUCCAUUAUAGGAUCACCGGCGUUCAUGACUUGAGAUGCAUCUCGGUGCCUACCACUAAAGUGUCAUUUACUUCUCAAAUAAAUCAACGCCAAAGGCCUGUGCACACCCGAGCAGCAGUAACAGAGGAAAGGAUAACCAAGGAAGAGUUGAACAAAGGAAUAGCAUCAUUUUAUGACGAGUCCUCCGGGCUCUGGGAGCAAAUGUGGGGCGAGCACAUGCACCACGGCUACUAUCCACAAGGCGGACCCAAGAAGAGCAAUCAGGAAGCGCAGAUAGACAUGAUCGAAGAAGUCUUGAGUUGGGCAGGCGUCACAGAAGCAUCCAAGAUGGUGGAUGUUGGCUGCGGCAUCGGCGGCAGCAGUCGGCACAUUGCCAGGAAAUUUGGGUGCUCAGCAAAGGGCAUUACCCUCAGCCCUGUGCAGGCUGGGAGGGCGAAUGCUUUGGCAGAGCAGCAGGGCCUGGCGGACCGUGUUUCGUUCCAGGUGGCAGACGCGCUGCAGCAGCCCUUCCCAGACGCCUCUUUUGACCUGAUAUGGAGCCUGGAGAGUGGGGAGCACAUGCCCGACAAGGAGCGCUUUGUUGGCGAGCUGGCGCGCGUUUGUGCUCCUGGGGGCCAUAUCAUCAUAGUCACCUGGUGCCACAGGAACCUGGAGGAGGGAGAGACAGGGCUGAAGCCGAACGAGAAGUCCCUGCUCGACCUCAUCUGCAAAGCCUACUACCUACCGCAGUGGUGUUCCCUUAAUGACUACCGCCGCAUAUUUGAGGCGCAGGGCUUGCAGGAUAUUAAGACAGCUGACUGGUCUGAGGAGGUGGCGCCAUUCUGGGGCGCUGUCAUUCGCUCUGCACUCAGCACUGACGGCUUCACAGGCCUGUUUAAGGCUGGAUGGUCCACUAUCAAGGGUGCUCUGGUCAUGCCCCUUAUGGCUCGCGGCUUCUCCAUUGGCCUUGUGAAGUUCAACUUGAUCACUGCCCGCAAAGCAAAAUGAAGGCCCCUUUGAUUCUGGCACUUGAGGCUUUCGCUGAAGUACUCCAGAGAUCAUUUCUGGUACACUCCAGUUUCAGUGCAGCAUACGAGAGUUGAUAGGGGCCACCACCUGUAAGAGCUAAUCUGAAACUCUGUAGGGCGUAGCCCUGACACAUUGUUGAGCGGUCUGUGACUGAUGGAGUGUGAUGACAUUAGCACUGUCAAUGAUUGAUUUGCUUGACAACAUUAAAAAGCACUUUCAGCUGGUUCCAGCUAUUUAGGUAGAACUGACUCGAUUUGAGUGGCCUAGUAAGCUGUAGAAUUCUUUUGGGGCCAAUUGCAGGACUUACUGAGAGCUAAGAAAAGUCUAAUUGCCAAUAUCUUAUU